AUGGACAAUAAUCAAACAGCUGAGAAACCGAAAAACACAAAUCUUGUCUGCAAUGAGAAUAUCGCCCAUCGGAAAUCGCCUGAACUUUUUCCGGAGAAUGUGCCCGGUGCUUGGGAUAUGAAUAGAACGUUAACUGUAGCUGCUGGUGAUUUUAAGUCAAGUCGUUUUCGGACUGAAUUAGAUACACAAGAUGUACGCCUUGUUAACGAGCUUGGACAGUUUAGUGCCGAUCAGUUAAUGGAAUAUAUAAGAAAUUUGCAGAAUUCAGCCUAUACAUUAGGGAUUGAAGAAGCUAAACAAUUUUCAAAGGGAAAGUUUCUGCGAAUAUUCGAGAAGCGAUCAGAGGGAUCGAGAUGA